UGGGCCCUUGAGUUGUGCCGCUGCCGGAAAUGGUGUAUAGGGAGUUAGAGAAUUGUGGAAACGGAGUUCGGAGUCCUGCGGAGGAAGAGCCUUCAGAUCGGAAGCACUCGAGCAGGAAUUGACUGGCUUUUAUCUUUUGCUAAAGAUCUGUAGCAAAGUAAUGACAAUUGCACUGUGAUUUGUGAAAUGUGAUGAGUGAAGUCCUGGGCCAGAUGUACUGUUUUUAUGUCACGCUAUAACAGUAGCUCUCCAGCGGUACUGCUCACGGAUGAUGAAUCGCUCUGCACGUUGAAGUCAGUGUAUGCCACGUCUGGCAGUUACCAGGAGCAUGGUGGACUGCGACAGCAGCUGCAAUUCUACAUUCCAGAGCUCAUGCUGUACUGUGAGCAGUGGCACGAGGGACGAUUGCAGCAACCAUGGACAGUACUCCCAGACUGUGUUUGAGGAGAUGCAGGGCUACGAUGUGGAAUUUGACCCACCACUGGAAAACAAAUACGAGUGUCCAAUUUGUCUGAUGGCAUUAAGGGAGGCGGUGCAGACACCCUGUGGCCACAGGUUCUGUAGAGGCUGCAUUGUGAAAUCUAUUAGGGAUGCUGGACACAAGUGCCCUGUGGAUAAUGAGAUGCUGAUGGAAGCCCAACUUUUCCCAGAUAAUUUUGCAAAACGGGAAAUUCUUUCCCUGACAGUCAAGUGCCCCAACAAGGGCUGUUAUCAGAAAAUGGAGCUACGACAUUUGGAGGACCACCAGGAGCAGUGUGAAUACGCCAUUGUUGACUGUCCGCAAUGUGAUGCUUUGCUCUGGCGAAAGGAACUGCAGGAGCACAUGGAAUCUGACUGUCCCAAGAGGCCUGUCGCCUGUGAGAACUGUGCCAUGCUGAUGGCCUAUCAGGACAAAAAGGAUCAUGAUCUCAGUUGUCCAUUGGCCAAUGUUACUUGUGAGUACUGCAACAUGGAGCUAAUCAGAGAACAGGCGGGACUUCACUUUAUCUUCCUGACCUUGGGGAAAAUGGUGAUAUGGAUGCCGAAUCAUUACAACCUGGACUGUCCAAAAGCACCUGUUCCCUGCACAUUUAGUGUCUUUGGCUGCCCAGAAAAGAUGCAGAGGAACGAUCUGGCAAUGCACCUACAGGACUACACACAGGCCCACAUGCGGAUGAUGGCCCAAACAUUGCGCAGUGUGAGCACGGGACUAAACUCCCAGGUGUCCUGCAUUGAUAUGUUGAGUUCAGAGGUCGACUUCCAGCCAGCAACACUCCCAGGGCCGCUGCAGGCAUCGCACUUGCAGCCAUCACCUCUGCCACUACCAGGGGCCUCAGCAUCAUGUGACUGCUCACCUCUAAUCCAUAACCUGAAGGAGACUGUCCACCAGCUGGAGGGGCGCCUGGUCCGGCAGGAUCACCAGAUCCGUGAGCUCAUUGCCAAAAUGGAAACACAGAGUGGUCAAGUGGGGGAGCUGAAGCGGGGUGUCCGUGCGCUGGAGGAGCGCCUCAGUGAGCUGGAGUCCCAGCAGUGCAAUGGGAUUUUUAUCUGGAAGGUGGAAAACUUCAAAGCCCACCUGCAGGCACAAGCAGAGGACCAGCCCGUGGUGCUCCACAGUCCCGGUUUCUACACGGGCAAGCCAGGCUACAAGUUGUGCCUCCGCCUGCACCUGCAGACACCCAGUGCCCAACGCUGCUCCAACUACAUAUCGCUCUUUGUGCAUACCAUGCAGGGCGAGUAUGACAGCUACCUGUCCUGGCCCUUCCAGGGCACCAUCCGGCUCUCUAUUCUUGACCAAUCCGAGGGCCCCACCAAGCAGAACCACGAGGAGAUCAUGGAAAGCAAACCUGAGUUGCUGGCCUUCCAGCGGCCCUUCCAGGAGCGCAACCCUAAGGGCUUCGGCUACGUCACCUUCCUGCACCUCAAGGCUCUUAGUCAGCGCAUGUAUGUGAAAGAUGACAUGCUGCUGGUCCGCUGUGAGGUCAUGACCAGGUCGGAUCUGAACUGGAUGAGGAAGAAUGACUUCCAGUCCCGCUCGACAGAAGGCUGUCUGUGACACUUAGCUGGUGCCGCGCUGCCAUUUAAUAGCAUAACUUUAUGUUCUCAGGGCAAGGGCCUGGCCUAUUACUAUAUAGCCAGUUAAGUGUGUUACUUUACAUUGGGUAAGAAGAAGCCUACUUCCUCCUCCCUCGGUCACUGUGGGCAAAAACAGAAUGGCCCAUUGCUCUGAGUGCUUAAAAAUCAUUGGUUACAGACUAGUAAUAGAUACGUACUGGUAAAUCUGAAUUGAUGUUGCUAGCCAUUUAUUUACAGAAGUUUAUUUUCAUAUUUACAUUUAACCAUGUUAUGAUCUCCUGUAUCAGUGUGACUAAGCUGAUUUGUGUCUAAUGUACAUGACACCACACAUCUAUUGUAUAAUAAAUGCGAAUGUAUAUUUUUUUAUGCUAGUCGAGCUUAAGGGACACUGGUGCUGGGAAGGGGCUGAAUGUGCAAGAGGCUUGUUUCCUGUUCACAGAUAUAAGAGUUGUUUUCAAUCUGAUCCGCUAUCCCCUGCUCAGACAAAAAUUGAGUCCACACUUCAGUCCUGCCUUGCAAAGUGCAUGUUCCAAGAGCAGAAACCUGGCUUCCUUUUGUGGCCUCAUCAGGUUGCAGUUCCAAGUGCCAGAGGCUGGGCCUUUUUUUUCCCAUUUUGCUGAGCUGCUUCCUCCUCCUUUCACUGAUUUGCUCCCGCUUCUCCUGAAAACUUGUUUCUGUGCUGGGUGAGUUCCAGGACGUGUGCUAAGUACCAUUCUUCAGGCCUGAGCCAAGACUGCCUUUCUCCAUGCCCCUCUCCUUGCUUAAUAUCCAUAUUUCCAGCAAUAUUUGCUGAAUGUGGUUUACCCUCUGUCUCCUACACCCCAUUCCAGGGACAUCCCUUCUGUCACUGCUGAAAUUGGCUAACUUGGUUUAAGUCUGGCAUGGAAUAUAGGACCUUCCUUAACUUGCUCCAACCUCAGAACAAUCAGCAUUAUUUAAAGAAGAGCAUGGGAGUUUUCCUAAUGUCCUAGUCAACAGUUAUCCCUUAGCUCCACACCACUUAUGAAUGACCAUAUAAUCAGUUUUAUUUCAUUGCUGUUUGUGGGACCUUGCUGUGCAUAAAGUGCCUGCCAUGUUUCCCUACAAUAGAACAGUGAGGGCAUUGAAACACUUUGGGAAUUUUAAAGGCAUAAAAGGUGCUAUGAAAUUCCCAAAGUGUUUCAAUGCCCUCACUGUUCUAUUGUAGGGAAACAUGGCAUAAAAGGUGCUACAUAAUGGACCUGUCAUGGUGUCUUCUGCCUGCUGGUGAAGUGAAAGAGGCUCCAGGUUCAUGGGGAGCAGUCAGCUUUGUUUCAUUAUAAAUGUGCCUCACCCUGGUAAAAGUAGUGGUGACCAUAUAUUUGUUUUCACACAAUUUCCCUGACAAAGAUCAUUACACCGGGGUAAGAAAUUCCUCACCUUAACCAUUCCCAUUAAUUCUGCCCUGUCCUCUGGCUUCUGAUUUUUUUUUUUACAAAAGCACCUACGUUCCUGACUACUUAUCCAUCUCGGAAUUAAAAACAAAUCAGUGGAGUUCCUCCCCAGUGGUGUAGUCAGUGGGUAAAGGCCACCACCCAUGAAAUCCAUGCAAGUCAGGUCAGCAGAUUGACAGUCUGCUCUGUACCGCAUGAGCUAGGGCAGCGGGUGAGAUGCUGCAGUUGCCCUGAGCACUUCUGGGCUGGUUUGCAGACAAAUCACCAGCCAUCUCUUCUAUUUACUCCAACUCUAGAAGUGUUGGAAGUUGGUGAGAACAGCAUAGUGCUUUAGCUGAGAUGACAUUGAUAGUUGAAUGACCUGUGCAGCCUCCAGCAGAGAGAAUAAACUCUUGGGGCAAGUGGUCUAAAGCACUUGCCAUUCAUAAAACAGUACAGCAUCAGGCAACAUCAGUAGAUUGUUAAAAGAAAGAGUUGUUGAAUGCUAGCUUGAUCAAUAGGAGUCGUCUAAGUGAGAGAGAAAAGUAUGAGAAUAAAUAUUUGAUUAAAAAAAUUUGAAAACAA